AUCGCAAGAAAGCUUUGUCAUCAGCAAUCUCCAAAGUUCGACUACAAUACAGAUAUACACGACGCUUAGUUCAUUGCAGAGCCUUUACUUCAGUCUAGUCUUUCAGCAACUAUAGGCUCCAUUAAUCAAGUCACUAGAUUCUUACUCCAUGGAACAUUCCUUGGAACCCUUUAGCGCUCAAACACAUCUCCACGACCAGAAAACACACAUAAUUCUCGCGGCCAGCGGCUCAGUCGCUACCAUUAAAUUGCCCAACAUCGCCAGGGCACUUGGCGGCCAUAGCAAUGUGUCUAUUCGCAUAGUCAUUACCAAAUCGGCGGAGCGGUUUCUCGAGGGACAAAGUCCCGAACAACCUUCACUAGAAGCUUUGCGAGCGACCCCUGGCGUUGAUGGUAUAUACAGAGAUGAAGAUGAGUGGGGAUCUCCCUGGGUGCGUGGCGAGCCAAUACUGCACAUAGAACUCAGAAAGUGGGCGCAUUUAUUAAUCGUUGCUCCCCUAUCGGCCAACACGAUGGCCAAGAUGACUAUGGGGAUGGCCGACAAUCUUCUUCUUUCAGUGAUCAGAGCCUGGGAUACGACGGGGACCGUGGACGCCAAAAUCAAGAAUAAGAGGCCGCUUAUUUUUGUUGCCCCCGCAAUGAACACUGCGAUGUGGAACCACCCGAUCACUGCUAAACAAAUCGAGGUCCUAGAAGAGGAAUGGGGUGUGAAUAAUUCGAGUAAGGAUGGCUGGAUUUCUGUUCUCCGUCCAAUGGAGAAGUCACUUGCCUGCGGCGACACUGGCAACGGUGCCAUGCUGGAUUGGGAGGCCAUAGUCCGUAUCGUGGAGCAGUAUAUCGGUGUCUUAACAUAAAGGUUCUAGCGUUACAGUAUUCACUUAACAACGCGACUCUGCGGCUUCUUCAUAGAAGCCAGUAAUACGCGCGACAUAAUCCAGGAGCAAUCCCACAGUGAUACCUCCCCCAGUAAAAAGACAGCCAUUUUUGAACCACCACCAACAGUUCUGUACAUUUUUCAACUGAACUUUCCAGAUCAUUGCGCCAAGGGAAAGAGCCGCGCUGCCGCAGCUGCCAAUAAAGAAAACAGGCCCGCUACCAGCUGCAAUACCAGCAGCAGCAAGCAGUGAUAUUUGAACCCCUGCUAGUGCUGUGAGGACAGCUUUUGUAUUAUUUUCGUGACGAAGGGCAAUUGACUUUAUGCCGGCCGCUACAUCAUCUUUUAUGUCCAUGUGCGCAUAUAUCAUAUCGUAUAGAACUGUCCAGGCAACACAGCUGAAAUAAAGCGCAGCAGCUGCUUCC